CGUUUAGGGACGGCUUCCUGCUCCCAUCGACAGCGCGUGUUUUCCACAACCAAAGAGUUAGCUCAGUUUGUGCAAUGGGUCGUCGCAAGUCCAAAAGAAAGCCUCCUCCGAAGAAGAAAAUGACAGGGGAUCUGGAGAGUCAGUUCACCUGCCCCUUCUGCAACCACGAGAAGUCCUGUGAUGUCAAAAUGGAGAGGAGUAGAAACACUGGGAUAAUAUCAUGCACAGUCUGCUUGGAGGAGUUCCAGACCCCCAUUACUUAUCUGUCAGAACCAGUUGACGUGUACAGUGACUGGAUAGACGCUUGUGAAGCAGCCAAUCAAUAACCCUCGUGGAGCUGGAUGUCUUGCAUAAAGAGGAUAAAGGUGUAUGUGGUAGUGGCCCUUCAGGGAUCAAACUGGUUCAAAGACAUUUAUGAAACUUUAAAUAAUUAGACUUGAUAAUUUUAGUUAUGUGAACAAGCCUCAGUUUUGAAGUUUACAGGGCAGUCUCCAAGACAACAAGAUAAUUUUAGAACAUUUUAUUAUGUAAUAGAGCUCCUCUCACAGAAUGAGUAAAACAUUUAAGAUGAAAAGGAAAGUUUUACUAGUUCUGUGUUGUAUAGAUUAGCUCUGUUAGAUAAUUAGACUGUAAAACUUUGCCAAAACAGUUUUCAGUUUUGAUUUUAUUUUUGGAUACACCUUGAACACCUAUUGGAUGCAGUUUAGACUGUCAGCCUAAGUAGUGGAUGUUGAACAUUAGAAAAAAAAUAAUUUUCUUUUUAUCUGCUGGUGUUGAGUGAAGAAGUAAUUUUCAAGAGACUGAUUAAGACAGUGGGCUUUUUGGCAUCAUAGUAUUUUAAUGUGAUAGCAGUACAGAGUGAAAUAUUUUGCUUAGAAAAAAGGAUGUUGACAGUAAAAGUCAGUAAAUAGAAAAUGAAAAGUACAUGGAUUUACAAGCUGGAAGCAAUAAUUUUAUACAGAUACUUCAUGCCAUAUAGUAGAAUCCAAAGUGAGAGGAAAAAAAUGACAGGUGGAUGUAUUUGGCUGAAUGUACAAUGUCUCUCUUGUGCAGAAAGUCUUUUUGUGAUGAGCAUUAAAAUUCUUUAAGGCUGCAAUUGUGACAGCUUUUUACCUCUGAAAAUUGACUUUUUUUUUUUUUUUUUUUUUUGGGUGUAGGGUACAAUUAAUUUUGAACACUUUCAAUUUAGGGCCAAUGUUAUGAGCGCUGUUCAGUUUUAAAUGCAACCAGCCCUCCUCAUCCUCAUCUUCAUCACAACUCUUUUGCGUCGGCAUUAGGUCAUUCCACUGUAGAGAAAAUGUGAUGUGUGUGCUUAGCUGUUAAGUUUGCAUGUUUUGAUUUAAUUUUCAGUUUUUUUUAAUUAACUGUAUAUUUUUAGAUGAACUCUUCAUGUUUAAGAAAUGGAAUUGUUUGAGAGGUACCAGAGACUAAGUAUCCUGAAUUCAUGCUGUAAAAUUGAGUUUCUAUUUUCCUAUGCAACAGCUUAUACGUCAGUGUUUUAAUAUGAAAGGUUUUUGAAACAAUGAUCGUUGGAAACUGUGACUUUGGAAAUAAAGAAGCAACAAAUGACAUUA